CAUCAUCAUCAUCAUCAUCACCCUCACCAUCAUCACCAUCAGCAAAUCAUCGGUAUAGUCAUCAUCAUACGAUUGAAUGGAUAAAAAUCGGUCCAUUACUCAAAGACCGUACUACAAGAUCAAUUUUUUUUUCUUUCAAAAUUCAGAAAUAAUUCCACUAACAAAGAUUUUCCCUGUUGAACUCAUUGUUUUUCUUGUGCGAAUAAAUUAAUCGAUUGUUUUUUAUUAUUCAAUCGAAAAUAAUCUCCUGAUAAUUGGAAGAAUUAUAUAUAAAACACCAAACAACAACAAAUCAUCAUUUAAUAAACAAUUAUGUUCAUAUUGGAUUUUUUCACCGGUGUUCUCGGUUUUCUCGGCCUUUGGAAAAAAAGUGGUAAACUUUUGUUUCUUGGUUUGGACAAUGCGGGUAAAACAACAUUGUUACAUAUGCUCAGAGAUGAUCGUAUGGCUCAACAUGUACCAACGUUACAUCCGACAUCAGAAGAAUUAUCGAUCGGAAAUAUACGUUUCACCACCUUUGAUUUAGGUGGCCAUUCACAAGCUCGUCGUGUAUGGAAAGAUUAUUUUCCAGCUGUAGAUGCAAUUGUAUUUCUUAUUGAUGCUUGCGAUCGUGAACGUUUUCCAGAAGCGAAAUAUGAACUCGAUAGUUUACUAUGUGAUGAACAAUUAUCCAAUUGUCCUGUUUUGAUAUUGGGCAACAAAAUUGAUAAAAUGGGUGCCGCAAGUGAAGAUGAAAUUCGUGGUUAUUUCAACCUUAAUGGUCAAACCACUGGAAAAGCUAAAAUAGCCAAAAGUGAACUACCCGGAAGACCAUUAGAAUUGUUCAUGUGUUCAGUGUUACGGCGACAAGGCUAUGGUGAAGGAUUCCGUUGGAUAGCGCAAUAUAUUUGAAAAAAGUCGAUCAAUAAAAAAAAAUCUAAUAAUAUUUAAUUAUAAAAUUAUGCGAAACGUGCGAAUGACAACGAAAAACAAAAUCUUUAUAAAUAAAUACCGAUUUAUCAACUUU